CGGGCACCGGCGAGUGAACCAGCGCGGCUGCGGUGUGCGCGAGUGCGAGCGAUCGAGCGGCUACCGAGACGAAGCUGUGCGCCGAAACAGCCGCCGCGAGAGCCGCAAGAGAGGCGACGGCGAGGAGAGGGGCUGGGCUGGGCGCCGUCGCCUGCCGCUGCAGAAGGACGACAGGCAACGAAUUCGUCGCGGGCCGUUUUGAUCACGGAGAGCGCGCGCGCGCUCGCAGCACGCGCCUCGGGCUUCGCCGAUUCCCAAGCGGGCACGCCGUUCUCGCCUCGCCUGCGUUCCUCUCGCCCCGCGUCGUGACCCUUCUCAAGAACCAUGGCGGGGGGACCUUCCUCCAGAAGCCGCGGCGGCGAGCAGCCGACGCACUGGUUCAACGUGACUUGGGCCGAUCUCGUGGAACGGCUGGCCCUCUUCUUCUACACGGACGAGUCGUUCGAGACGCUGGACUACCUGAACGUUAUGCUGCUCGGAUGGGCGCUGUUCGGCCUCUUCGUAUACGUGGUGGGCACGCUGCUGGCGAACCGAUUCGGCCGCCAGCGGCCCGGCGUUGCCUCUUCGGCGAAAAGAGCCGACGACACGGAGCCCGUCGACGAGGCCGUGUCAGCUGGGAAAGCCGAGGAACAGCAGUCUCACGUCGCCUCGGUGGCCCGGUGGGCGAAAGCGGGUGCUAAGGAUUCCGAUGGUGUACCCUUCGCGGUGUCGGCUUCGGGGUCCGACCCCGACGCUGUGCUUUGGACCAACCGGGUCCUGUCGUGGGUGCUAGCGCGCAAGGACCAUGAGUUCCUGUCCAAGCCGUGGAUUCAGGCGCUCAACGAGAAGCUGGCCAAGACACCGCCUAAGAACAACAUCGUCGUGGAGUUCGAAGGCAUUCAUCCCGACAGCGCAAAGCCGAAGCUACACGAUGCCCACGUCGUGCUGGAGUCAAAAGAGAGUCUUACAAUCACGACCGGAAUCACCUGCGAGCGACUGAUUUUGGUGAUCAAAGUCAAGAAGACCGACGACCCGGAAAGGACUGUCCACCGGUACAACCUCCUCGUUGAAAACCUUAACGGAAAGUUGAGGAUAUGCUGCAUUAGCACGGAGCAGCUCUUUGUCGUCCGCUUCGUUCAGCGACCUGACGUCAAGGUUUCGCUGCAGUCCUCGGUUGCUGAAAACAAGCCGCACUCGGUGGACCAGCGCGCCCUGGACGACGUUGUGCUGGAGGCGGUGGUGGACGCGCUGUCUUACACCGUGGCCGACAUCAGUUGCUCGGGACAGAAGGAUUUCCCUAGCUUCAAACACCGGGCACCUGUCUCCGAGAUAAUACAGAGCACGCAACUUAGUCAGGUGGAUGCUUCAGCGCCGUCCCACAAAGUCAAGCACGAUCACCGACUCCUUGUGAAGGUCAUAAAGGCUUCCAACUUAGGCGGAAACAAAGGCUGCAAGGAAGUGUACUGCGUGGUGGAGCUCGACGAGCCCCCGCAUCGCUGCACGACUACCGUUGCCAAGGAGACGACGAGUCCUUUCUGGGACGAGCAUUUCCUCUUCACCCUCGACCAGAAUUCCUCCGAAAUACUGUUCGAGAUAUACGACAAGAGCAGGCCUCAAGGAGACAACUUCCUUGGUCUUGGAAUUGUUAGCAUUUCGGAACUUAGAAGAGUGCCCAGUCAACGUCAGAUCAUCACGUUGCAGUCGAGGCCCUUGGAGUAUGACAAUGUGUCCGGCUCCCUGACAGUAGAGUUCCUCUACAUGGAAGGCUCCCAGAUUCCAGUGAUGGCAGACUCCCAGACGACAACUGAGUUUGCGCCGCACUCGCCACAAAGUCGCAUUGUCGAGAAGAACAGUCGAAUAACCUCCGAUGGAAGGGUCAUCACCACAACCACCAUCAAACGAUCACCGACGACAGAAACUAAAACAAGAGACCUCGAGUGGGAAGCUCUUCUUGCCAUCGAGGAGAAACUGCGUCUCAUGGAAAAUCAGUCAUCACCUAUGAAGCCACUUGACGAGUCUAUGGUCGAGUUCCUUCGUAGCCAGAUCGCCAGCAGCCCAGCUGAUACCAUCGAGCACAUAACAUCUAAGGUGAAGACUUCCUUGACAGCUGAGCCCGUGUCAAGUAGCGCUCACGUGAGCAAAACCACGGCCAAUAGCCAGGAAAUGUCAGUCAUUGCAGCUGCUGAUUGCACUACCACAAACGCCUCUGCCUGUCCUUUGGCAACAAAGGACCCUGACACGUCAACAACACUGUCCUCGGACAGCACUGACUUGUUCUCAGGACAAGACGGCAUCUACCAGGAAGACGACAUAGCAGAUGACAUCCCUCCCCCUCUCCCGUCCUCUCCUCCGCCGGACAUAUGCGACGCUGAUGACAGUGCUACUGAUGAUGGUGUAGAUGUGGAUGACCUUGUUGUGUGCAAAGUUAGGAGAGCGGUUCUUGUGAACGGCUUCGAUGGAUCAGGGAAUGAUGCCUCCACUGAGUUUCUUGCCACGAAGUUGGUAGAAGAAGGUACAAGCGGUUUGUCGUCUGAAGAAGAGAGUGAAGCCGACAUUUGUGGUAGCAGAAUUUCAACCUGGAGUGGCACAUUGGGAGUGGAUGGCUUGAUGGCUUAUGGUGGCGCUCCCAAUGGUGGUCCAAGAGCGGACCAAAAUGGCAACAUUCAUCACGAUGAUGGAGGAUCGCUAGCAGAAGCUGCUCUUAAGGAACUGGAAGCCAAAAAUAGGAGUCCUACAGCAACAAAGAGCACACUUAUUAUCCACAGCGUUCAGAGAGAAGCUGCCAUUCCGAGCCUAAAGGUGAAAAUCGACAAGCAAGGACAUUGGCGUGAGGUUUCUCAGGUGGACGACGCAUCUCUCUCCAUCUCACCAAGCAGUCUGCGAAAUCAGAACCAGCACUCUGGUGAUAGGAGCGUCUCUUCAUCGUGCAGCGAAGCAGAAGGAGAAGGUGGCCCAGAAAAACCAAAGAAACGGACAUUACUGGGUAAAAUACGGAAACGGCUCAGCUUCAAGAAGAAUCGCUCCAAGUCUAUGGAAGCUCGGUCAGAUGCUGACACGCACAGCCGCAGUAGUAGCCGUAGCAUCUCCACCGACCGUGCAAAGUCGGUGCCACUUGGAAGAAAUACUCACCUGGAUGUUCCAGGCGUUCGCAACAAUGGUAGCACAAGGAGCAGCAUCAGCGAUGGGUCCGGAAUCAGUGCUGCCUCUAGCCGGACCUACGUGAGCGAUAAGUCACUACUUGUCGUCGAAGCAAAAGAGAACGGUGUCAUCAGGCAUUACUUGAUCCCACCACAUUUGGCACAUCGCAGUAAGUGGCGAAGGAAAGGUGUCAAACUGCACAUUUUCAACGAUCACAUAUUUGUGGCCAGGCAUAUCCCAGGCGGAGUUCAGUGUCACGUUUGUUCAAGGCUACUGACAAGAAGGCUAGGAAAACAAGGUUACGUCUGCAGAGGUUGUAACCUGCUUUGCCACAAGUCUUGCCAUGUGAAAACAGAGAGUAUAUGCAACAAUAGCUCUGUGGCGACCAUGCAAAUGUAUGGAACCCGUGGAAGAUCCGCAUCCGCCACAGGUGAAGACAAGUUGAUGCGAGCACUCAGAAACUGCUGCAUAAGAACGUGACACUGCGCAAGACUUGCUUAAGUACAGAGCAUGAAGUUACUUUGGUUGUCUCCAUCCUCAGUUAAGGCGAAUAGCUUUGUGUUACUGCAUUUUACUCCAUUUAUGAAACUUUUCGUUCACUGCAAACCAGUUACAUUGUGGCCUUCAGGCAGCUCCUGAACAUUGAUGCAAAAGAUUUUGUUAAGCGCUUAUCUUGAAACUAUAUGAAAGCUGGAUGCCCGUCGAUAACUACUGAUUUCAAUCAGGAAGCAUCAUUGAUGUAGAAAAAUUGAGUGUACUGAAACAUGCGCAGAAAAGUAAAAUAAUUACUAAGUGUGCACACAACCAGCCUUCAGGGCCAUAAGAGGGCUACACUAAAGUUGCUCACUGGGAAAGAAAAAAACGCUGAUAAAAUUUGCUCAUUUUCCGGAACACAGGAGCAUACACAAUUGCCUUCCCAUUAAAAAAUAACCAUAAAGCACUGAAGCUGCACUUGUUGGAAGACAACAUAUGGUCAGAUAGCUUGAUGACCCUGCAGUACCUUGAAUAGAACAAAAGCUUUGGUAACACCCAUGGUACACACAGCACAUGACGGUGUGUGCUGGAUAGAUAAUCAGCCCAUUGGGAAGAUGCCCAUGACAUUACCAAAUGGUCACGAGGUGGUGCACCAUGCUAGCUAUCGUUAUUGCAGUUCUUUUACCACACAAUUUUUAUUAUGUGCUGUGAAGGCAAUUUUGCUGGCCCCAAGCCGGUAUACCUGGCUACGGCUUGUUAUACACAAAGAAUCAGCUUCUUUGUGCGAUUGCGAGUGUGGCCGUCUUGUUUCAAUGUGACAACCGAAAUUUUUUGGUAAUAAAAUAUCUGUGCAGCACAGAAGCCCAACGUGAAGCAGUUCGCUUUUCACCAAGGUGGAAGCCAUCAAAUGAAUUUUGAGCUCCCUGCCUGCUUUUAUGCGUUCAGCUUGUUUUUCUUUAAAUGCAGAAUUUUUAACAGGUUGACUACACAGAGUUGUGUGAUGACAUACCUGAGACAAGCUUGCAGUUGAUCAUGACUGCCGUCAAGUCAUAGUCAUGUACACAACAUUCUCCCAUCAGACAUUUUUGUAUUCAUUGCCCUUUAUAGGUCCUUCCCUGGACCUAUAACGUGUAGCUUUGAAAGAGCAGUGCGGGGCCGCACAUUUUGUCAAAGGAGGCUUGAGCGCAUUCGGCAUGAUAUUGUGAGCAAUAUGUGUAGUGCAAUAACAAUGUUGAAAAUUUGCUACUAAGGCAUACUGUAAUGUGUUCUUUUAUAUAUAUACAAUUAUAUAUAUGGAUGUUGAUGUAUAUAAACUUAGCACGCUUUUUCGUUAUCUUUUAAAUGACAACAGCUUGUACGAAUUUCACUUUAUGUAUGCCUGUUUAUGUAUGUGCUUGCAUGUUUUGAGACCUGUGUAAAAUAAAGUCAGGUACAGUCUUUGUGCAAUGUGUAAUUGAUUUAAAAUACUUUGGUUGACAUAAUUAUAGCCUUAUUUUCCCAUGGGAAAACUAUUGCUAAAGAUCAGGCACGUUUUAAAUAGAGUGAAAAAGCGGAAAGCAAUCAGCCAUUUAAAGCAUUUGUUGCAAAGAGAGAGUAUAUUUUAACACCUUAUUAUUUGAAUUUGCAUCAAUGCAGCUAUUUCAGUGUGCAUGAGCAGGUAUGUUCACUCGAUUGGCAAUACUUUGAGUAGUUGUUGCUGCUGUGGUAAAAGAGAAAUUCUAAUGCCAUAUGAAAUGAGAGCCACUUACUCUAGUUUGGUUUAUCUUUAGCUUAUGCUGCUAGUAAUUUUAUAUGGAGCAUGCUUUUCAGUGAAUCGCUAGUGCUUAUGACAAGUUUUUUAAUGAGAAAUACGUGUAUAAUAGAUGUUCGCUGAUAAAAGCUGUUGCACGUGCACAUUUCCUGUUGCAAAAUAGCUGUUCAAACACAAGCCAGGUGCAUUUUUGCAGCAUUUUACUAUGCCAUGUUUGAAAACUGUUUUUCUUCACGGGUGGAGUAUGUAACAUUGGUUGAUUUGAACAUCAUCAAAUUGGGGGCGGCUGAAAAACAUGUCUGACCAAAAAAUCUUAUUUAGUCAUAUGAUUUUUAUAACUCGUUAACUAUGGCAAAUUUUACACUAACGGUAUAAAAAAUAAAUGUACAUUGUAGUAAUUAUAUAUAUAUAUAUAUAUAUAUAUAUAUAUAUGCUAGCUUUCUGGAUAGCAUGGCAUAUUAGAAAAAUAAAUCUGCACCUGGCUCAAAAGGAAGUGCCUGUAAGAAUGGUAGUUCAUGUUUUAGUCAUUGCCGAGUUGUAAGUGUAAACUCUGAUCAUGUGGUGUUUAUAAAGAUACCUGCCAGAAGAAGCACAUGAGCUUAAGGGGAGACUCCUCGAAACAACUUCUUUUAUUACUUGUAUUAGAGGUUUCAAAAUUCAGUCAAGCGUAGAGUUUUCUAUGCAGAUUUCAAAUAUGGCACUACUUUUUGUGUAGCUUUGUAGUUUUAGAGUUAUAUGAUGCACAAUGGCAUAAUUUAGUCAUCUUUAUUGUCACUUUUCUAUGUAAUAAAUUUCACAAAACACAUCGUGUCGUAGCUUGUUUAGCUCUUUGUAGAUCGCAGAGUUCCAAUAUCUAGCCAAACAGUGUGUACAGUUACUGAAACUAUGCACAAAAAUAGAACACUUCAACUAAUCUAUUUCUCAUUUCUCUGAAAUAUAACCAUGUACUUUUGCAACUUACUGCUCAGAGAUAUUGCAAUUUCAAGUAGAUAAUAGCACUGUACAUAUCUUGAAGAGUAUGUAUGCCAAAUUCCAUUAAUAUAAGACAAUUGUAAGUCUUUCGUGCGAUUGCGAAAAAAAUUACUUGAAGUGUCCUAAUUUUUUUAUAAUUCCAUUAAUUGUACACACUGUUUGAACAGAUAUCAGCAUUUUGCGGUCUACAAAGAGCUAAAUAAGCUGCAGCACAAAGUGUUUUGCACAAAUUUAUUACACAAGAAAGUGCCCACAAGAUCACCCUAUAUUGCCAUUGUGUAGGACUUAACUCAAUAACAAUACCAGCUGCACAAAAACUAAUGACAUAUUUGAAAUCUGCUUAAGAUGCUCUAUAAGUGGAUGUGUUUUCAAAUCUCUAGCACAAAUAUUAAAGAAAUGUUUUUUGAGGAGCGUCUACCUUUAAGCAGACAUGAAAAAAUGAUGAGAGGAAAUUAACGGCUGUAUCGUUCACCCUGCGGAGCACGAUUCCAUGGCUAUGGGGACUUACUACAAUGUUUGUGUCGUGACCAUGGCUAUGAAGCAAACAUAAUGGGUAGCAUCAGAAAUAUUCCAUGCUUAUUUUGUGAACAUUUUUUCUAGUCUUCACAUGAAGUUAAAAUGCCUUAUUCACUACUGCAGUUAUUGAAUACUUUCCAGAGAACCGCAUGUAAACCGUGUGAAAAUAUCUUUACUGAAAUGGCACACUUGACGACAUUCCACUGGCUAUUGAGCGACUGUACAUACUGGUUGUAAUCGAUCCAUGUGGAUGAACAUGCAACUAGUAUUGCAAAAAUUUGUUCAGUAGCUGGAGAAAAGUUGAUUUUGUGUGAAGAACAGGCAUGGUAAAAAAUUUAAUGAAAGCUAACACACUCUAAGAGCAGUAUAAGGAACUGUUAUCAGUGUUCAAUAAAGUAUGUCAGGGUGGGCAUUAAAAUAUAAGAUUCCUGCUCAGGGCACUAGUUACACUUGAAAGAAGUGAUUUACCUUUGCUGCUCUAGAAAUAGCUGACUUCUCGUUCGGGAACAAUUGCUCUAACUGCUUUUUAUUUCAUUAUCGCAAUCGACGGCUUUUUAGUCGACAUGCAGAACUGCUGUGCAUUUUAUGAACAAAAGAAUGUGUAAGUGCUAUUUUAGGAGCUUGUUAAUGUUUGCUCACGUGGUAAACAUAACUUUUCAAGAGCAUGUUGCAUAACUAUCUAUGCUGCUUUGUUAAUGGUUCCGAAAAUAAAUUGUUGCACUGGUGCAUACCAUUCUGUCACUUUGCCUCCUCGAAGUAUAUGCUAGUGGAAAAUGUUGCGGUAUUUUUCACAGCCUCUAAAUGUUUGUUACAUUUUAUUUGCAAUGGCCAUAUGAUACUUAUUUCUGUGAGGUGUCGAUAUGUCAAGCAGACUGCAAUGUUGUGAUCCUGAAUGCCAUGUCCGGUCACCGGAAGAGCUUUUUGUGUGAUUUUCCCUUUUGGUACUGCUACAUCGAACGAAUGUCUUCAUGUUCGAUUGAAAUAAAUAAUUAGGUUUUCAUUUAUUCACGUGAA